CCCACUGAACGCCACUCUACUCCUACUUCCUCGUCCGAAUACCAACACCUCUAUCACAGUUGAAACAUCACAACAAUGGCGAAAUCAAAGGCCGCGAAGAAGCGCAAGCAAAACGCGCAGGAGGAGCUUCCGCGAAAAGCUCCCAAGACCUCAGCGACGACAGUCACGCCGCCUGACAGUGAUGACAAUACUGCCUCAAACCUCGAGCCCAAGAGCCUCCAGACGGUCAUAUCGGACGAGGAACUCGACAUUGCCAUUGAUACGCUAAACACCCUCGCCAAAUACCCGAAUCUUAUCAAAUCAAAGCAGUGCCGAGAUCUUCGCGUUGCCGUCUAUGACUUCCGUCAGAAUUGCGCCAGUGGUGUCAACAAUGCCCCCGGCACAAACCUUGGACUUGCAGCACGAAUCACUGGCGCCCUCACCGACGAGAAGUACGAUGAUGCCAGAAUACUGCUAUCCGAAAUGAGAAUACGUGGCCAGGAGCCGAAGCUAGGAGCCCUGUGUCGCUGGGUGCGAGAUCUGGACGUCAUUAGCGGCCUAUCCACAUUGCCUGAAGGGGAGGGAGACGGUGUUACCAUACAGAGAACUGAAAGGGACAAGCAGCGACUCUUGGUCCUUGAUGCCGUCUUGCGAGCUUGUGGGCACUCCGACAGCAACCCCAAGGCCGUGCCUUUGCCACUCUCUUCUACACCCGGAAUCGCCCUGCAGGACACUUGGGACCUCCGUCCCACCACGCCAUCCCUUCAGGUAUACGCCUCUGUACUUGACAAGACAAUCUUUGAAUCAGCGCCGGCGAAUUUGGCAGCGUCUCUUCGCGUCAUCGAACGGACCCCCGGCCCGCUUCGGAAACCGCCCAACCACCACGACGCACUCCUUUACACGACCGCCCCUAACACGAUACCCCUCGUCGACGAACGGCCACUAGUAACAGCACACGCACACCCUGUCGUGCCAGGGCUCAGCCUCCUGAAAGACGUUCUUUCUGUGAAUGAAUGUAAAGCAAUCAUAACCGCCGGUGAGACCGUCAACUUCCUCCCCGAUGCCCCUCUUCGCGAGGAUGGGGACAUUAGCAUUCUUGCGCACAACUUCUACUGGGUCGUGGAUACCACUUUCCACGAUGCGCUUUGGUCUAGAGUCUCGUCCUUUGUCCCCCAAUCAGUUGACGGACGAAAGGUGCGCGGCCUCAACCGACGGUUCCGCGUGUACCGCUACGUCCCCGGAGCCGAGUACCGCGCGCACAUUGACGGUGCCUGGCCGCCUUCUGGUAUUCUUCCAGACGACACAUAUGUCUACGAUGCAUCGCCCGAAGACAAGAAGCAGAGCUCCUUGUUCACGUUCCUCAUCUACUUGAACGACGAAUUUGAGGGCGGCGAAACAACUUACUUCCUUCCAGCGGCGCGGGAGGGCACGCUGAAUGCGUACCCGGUGCGACCGGUCAUGGGCGGAGUCGCCGUCUUCCCGCAUGGAGAUGCAAAGGGUGCGCCUCUUCACGAGGGUACUGGUGUGAGAAAGGGCGCCAAGUACGUGAUUAGGACGGAAGUCGAGUACGACGUUAAGCCAACGGAGGAGGCAUGAUCAAGUACACAUCCAUCAGAAUGACAGCUGAUUUCGCAUGGCAUUUGGAGCUUCGGAUGUGGGCUCUCGACCGACAUAUUUGGAGCAAGUCUGGGCCUUUGCUAUCAAAUCAAUACCAAAAGAUGGCCGUGGGCUUGAGCCUAUGUCUCGUGGUGAAUUGAUUACGAUUCUCUGCUCAGCCGCUGUGACACUGGUAACUUAAGGUGCCGUGAGUCCAACCAGGAUGUUACUGAACUCCGUGCUGGCUUAAGUGCGCCUGUGGGGCUGGCGUGCACCACACCAGCGGCAUCGAGAUUGAGCUUCCACUUUCGCAUCAACGAGCAGAAACCUAGAGAUGCCUUCUGGCAUUGCCGUCAAGUGCCUAGCUAGGAGCUCUCCGAUGCCGCAUAGCUGGCACAUCUGGUAGACUCAGGACCAGGAUGCAGGGCCACAUUCAACGCCUAGGCUAUUGCAGAGAGCCUCUUCAACCUCAGCCUUUCAGCUAGCCGAGAGGUUGGCAAGGUCUCGACAGUCAGCUAGACACGGCAGCAGCUUGUCGGAAUCGUUCUUCCCCGCAGAUAGUCCGACAGGCUGGUGUUAAAGAGGAGGUGAUGGUCAAAGGGCAUAAGGACGGACACUAAGAUCGGUCUGACUUCUACGCUUAGGGCCAGUCUGGUCGCGGUCUGAUAUGGACGCGGCCGGGUACAAGGGACAGGCGCAAAGGAUGCACAUGGCCAAGAGACGGGACUUGAAGAUACCAAGGCUCGCCUAUAGAUACACUUCGAUUAGAUACUUAAUCGAGGUCUUUAGCAACCCACCAAAUCUACAUUCCGCAU